GCUUACGCACGAGCUAACGACUUUGAUGAAGCAUUUUCAAUGUUUGGGCGGAUGCUUAGGAGUGAGAUAAGACCAGAUAAUUUCACAUAUGCUUGCCUUAUGCGGGCAUGCUGUGACAAGGCUGAUUUAGAUAGACUGCAAAUUGUACAAGGAGGUGCUGUUGUUUCUGGUUUAGGUUGGGAGACAAUCUGCAGUAGUGCCCUUGUGACUGCUUAUUCAAGUCUAGGCCAUGUUGAUGAAGCGAGUAAAGUGUUUUAUGCUAUGUCCGAUUCUGAUCAGGAUUUGGUGAUGUGGAAUUCCAUGAUUUCUGGUUAUGGGCAUCUUCGUGUGUGGGAUAUGGGGUUGAAAUUGUUUAAUGAAAUGAGAAGCCUGGGAAGGUUACCUGAUGGGUAUACUUUGGUUGGUUUGACUUCUGAUUUGGCAGCUAUGAGCUUGAUAGGUGUCGGGCAAAGUGUACAUGGACUUUGUUUGAAAAGUUGUCGAGAUUCCGAUGCUUAUGUGGGUGCUGCUCUAGUCAGUAUGUAUGCGAGAUGUGCAUGCAUGGAUUCAGCAUGUAAAGUUUUUGGAGGUUUGUCUCAGCCAGAUUUAGUUGCCUGGUCCACUCUGGUAAUGGGCUAUUGCCAAUGUGGAGACGGUGAAAAGGCGCAUCCGGUUUUCAGAAAUUUGAUGAUUGAGUGUAGGAUGGUAGACCAUGUCUUAAUCUCCAGUGUGCUUGUGGCAACUGCGCAGUUAGCAAAUGUAAGGCCUGGUAAAGAAAUACACGGUUAUGUUCUCCGUCAUGGAUUGGAAUCCGAUAUUAUGGUUUCGUCUGCCCUCAUAGAUAUGUAUUCAAAGUGUGGUUUCUUGGAUGAGGGAAUGCACAUUUUUGAGCGUAUGUCUGAUAGGAAUAUCAUUACAUACAAUUCCAUCAUUUUGGGUCUUGGGUUCCAUGGACUAGCUUCCCAGGCAUUUCAGUUAUUUGAGGAAAUACUUCGCAUUGGAGUAAAUCCUGAUCAAUGUACUUUCUCUGCUCUCCUUUGCGCUUGCUGUCAUGCUGGCCUUAUAGAAGACAGAAAGCGAAUUUUCAGUAGAAUGGAAGAUGAGUUCUGCCUCCAACCUGGGACUGAGCAUUACAUUUACAUGGUUAACCUUCUUGGCACUGCUGGAGAGCUGGAAGAAGCAUUCAAUUUCAUUCAGUCCUUGCCACAACCAGUGGAUCCUGGAGUCUGGGGUGCACUACUAUCAUGUUGUGAGAUGUGUGGUAAUUCCACAAUGGCUGGUGUGGUAGCUCAGCAGCUCUUUCAGAUGGAGCCAGAGAAGGGCGCCUACAGAGUGAUGCUUUCGAAAACUUAUGCUAGUGAUGGAAGAUGGUGUGAUGUGAAGAAACUGAGAGAUGAGAUAAUCGACGGGAGACUGAAAAGAAUCCCUGGGCUGAGCUGGAUUGGAUGUUCUGGCAAUCAGAGUGACAAUAAAUUGUUGACUUGUUAAUCCUUUUACGACUGGAGCAACUAGAGGUUAAAAUAGAGGGUGAUCAGGGAGGUAAACUGCUGCGAGCUGCUGGAUUGUUUGCAGGGUCUAUUUUCCUGAUGCGGCAGUAUGGCGACCUUAUGGCCGUAUGAUGAUCAAAGGAAGUCAAUAUGCAUGCGGAAUCAUAUCAUAUCCCGGAU